AUGCCUGUCCAGUCCAAACCCAUACCCGCCCUCUACACGGUGUACAUCCUCCGGUCUACGGUGCGCCACGCGUCUCUCUACAUCGGCUCGACACCCAACCCACCGCGCCGUCUGAAGCAGCACAAUGGUGAGGCUCGCGGCGGCGCUGCGCGCACCUCCCGCCUGAGCCUGCGGCCCUGGGAGAUGGUGGGUUUGGUCUCUGGUUUCCCGGGCAUGGUUGCUGCAUUGAAGUUUGAGUGGGCGCUGACCAACCCACAUCUCUCCCUGCACAUACCAUCCGCGUCGCGGAUCACUGUCUCGACCGGAGUUAAGAAAAAUGGCCAUCCUCGUCGGCCUCGAGCGAGCCUGUCUUCGAUCCUGUCCAACCUGCAGUUGCUCCUGAGCGUACCCAGCUUCCGUCGUUGGCCACUGAGACUGCACUUCUUCGCAAAGGAUGUCCAUACGGCAUGGCUAGUAUCGUCCGCCACCUCGACCGAACCUCUUCGAAACACGCUGGACGUGGUCACUGACUUUGGCCCCGACCCUGCGGCAUCUGCAGGCGACGCCGCUUGGGGCAUCCAUGCCUUGCCUCUGGACUACACGCCUAUGAAGGAAUAUGUUGAAAAGGGACAGUCCAUCACAAAUUUCGAGAGAGAGGGCAACUGUGUUGUAUGUGACAAGGCGCUGCCUCACGGUCAAGGAUUGCUGGCUGUGUGCCCAAAUGAAGCCUGCGAAGGCGUCGGUCAUCUGUCAUGCUGGAGUCGUCAUAUGCUCCACAAUGAAAGCGAGCAGCAAGCGGUUGUCCCUAUUCAGGGUCGCUGCCCCCAGUGCGGGGGUUAUGUUCAGUGGGUCGAUAUGAUGAAAGAACUGACGCUGCGGGAAAGAGGCGCCAAAGAGGUUGAGACCCUCCUCAAGAAGAAGAAGAGGCGAACCAAGACAUGA